GUAUGUGUGCGUGUGCCUACGCAUACGGGGUAUUACAACAAAUAUAGGACAGUGUGUUAAUAGCAGCCAAGUGUUUCACUCGCGUAUCCCUCGUAUCUAACAGUGGCGACGAAAUACGAACCUACCCCGUUUAGUAAAAAUUAAUAAAAAAUGUCCGGUGCAAUGUUCGGAUUAUUAUCCAGUUUUGACCACAAUCUGCAGUCAUGGGAAACGUACAAAUGCAGAAUUUCUCAGUGGUUCGUAGCUAACGACAUUAGCAGAACAAGUGAUCCUGCAGGGAUAAAAAGACGAGCGAUAUUGCUGAGCGCACUCACGGACGCCACGUACAAAUUAGCGGCGGACCUGGCGGUGCCGAAGACGUUGACCGAUGUUCCAUUUGAAGACAUACUUCGGCUAUUGGACGACCAUUUUACUCCUAAGCGUUGUGGUUUCGGCGAACGUUAUAAAUUUUACGUGGCGGUACAACAAGAAGACGAGACCUACCCUCAAUGGGCGGCCAGGUUGCGCGGUCUGACUGGGCAUUGUGGGUUUGCCAACGUGGAGGAGGCUCUCAGAGACCGAUUCGUUAUGGGGAUGUUACCCGGAACUGAACGAGAAAAGUUAUUUGCGCAGGAUGUAACGGCCUUAUCGCUGGCUAGGGCGGUUGAAAUGGCAGAAAGUGUGCGCAGCGCGCGAGUUGGAGCAACCACUGCAGCAGUACAGGUCGCAACACACGAUCAGCUGUUCAAGAUGACGCAAUCGACGGCGGCAGGCCGGUCGGGGGCGCUUCGGCUGAAGGAUGGCGGCAAUAAAGUGCAGUGUCAAGUGUGCGGUUAUCAUAAUCAUGAUACGUCUCAGUGUAGGUUCGCUAAAUUAAAGUGCAAAAAGUGCAAUGUCACAGGGCACCUACGUAGGAUGUGCAAAAAAAUUAAUUACUUAGAGGCAAAUGUGGUGGAUGACGGCGAUGACGAUGGUGAAUGUUUUAAUAUUAGGUCUGUUAAAGGGGAAGCCAUGACAGAGACGGUGACGAUUUCGGGGGUCGAAUUAAAAUUCGAAAUAGAUAGCGGGUCGGCCGUUACUGCGAUUUCUGAACAGACAUACAGAAAAUAUUUUAACAAUGUACCAUUGUCUAAAACAAAAAAACGAUUAUUUUCAUAUACGGGUAAUAGUAUUAUUUGUAUUGGAGUAGCACAAUUGCAGGUCAGUUAUGCGAAUGAAUCACAUUUACUAUAUGUUUGCGUCAUACGAGACGGAGGGCCGCCAAUUCUCGGUCGCGAUUUCAUUUCUAAGUUUAAGUUAGAAUUAUUGCCGAUACAAUAUUGUAAACAAGUAGAUGAAAACAAUAUAAUUAGCGCGUUGCAAUCUCGUUAUCCUAUGGUUUUUUCCGAUAAAUUAGGUUUGUUUAACAAAUUUAAAGUUAAAUUACAUUUAAAGGAAGAUGCAAAACCGGUUUUUAUUAGAGCGCGACCAUUAGCUUUCGCUUUAAAAGACAAAGUAGAUAAGGAAAUAGAUCGUUUGGUGGCGGCCGGAGUAUUAAAACAAGUUGAUCACGCGCGGUAUGCGUCACCAAUCGUACCGGUAUUAAAGCGGAAUGGUUCCGUACGUAUUUGUGCAGAUUAUUCGACGGGCGUAAACAAACAGUUAGUUGUUGACCAGUACCCUUUGCCGACGAUAACUGAACUUUUUACUAGGUUGUAUGGUGGACAACAGUUUAGUAAACUGGAUUUAUCUAGUGCGUACAAUCAACUCGUGUUAGAUGAGGAAUCACAGGAAUUAACUUGUAUAAAUACUCACAGGGGAGUUUACAAGCAUACCCGCCUUUGCUUUGGCUUGGCCAGUUCACCGGCUAUUUUUCAACGUGCUAUCGAAUGCGUGCUGGCUGGCGUGCCCGGCACGUUGUGCCUGUUAGACGAUAUUUUAAUAACGGGGAAAAAUAAAACUGAACAUUUGCUACGAUUACAUCAAGUACUGCAGAGAUUACAAGACGCGGGUUUGACCCUUCAAAGGGAAAAGUGUGAAUUUUUCAAGGACGAGAUUAAUUACUUAGGGUAUGUAAUCAAUAAAGAUGGCCUUCAUAAGUCGCCAGAGAAAAUUAGGGCGAUGACUGAUGCGCCGGUUCCGACUAAUGUUAAUCAGUU